CUCCGACGCACUGAGCUCAGCAACACAACUCGCUGCUGGUGUCUCAUGUCAAACAGAUGUGAGUUUGCUGGGGAGGGGCGCAACCUUCAGCGAACCACAACUUCUACACCUGAGCAGCACAAAGACCCUGAGGUAGCACGGAUGAAUAUUCAAGAGGAAGAGACUGGGAAGCAGAACUUUGCAUAUACUCAAAGACGUGAUCUUUUUUUGUUGGCAGACUUUAGACUUUUAGCCACUGCAUCACUGUGCAGUGAGAAGAAACGUUGUGGACGCCCCUCCUCUCUACUUCUUUUGGUGCACCCCCCCACUUGCCUCCUACCUCCCAUCUUCCAGCUCACCCCCCAACAGAGCAGAAAGCGUGAAAAAUCUCACUAAUGGGUUUAUUUGCUGUCAGAUCCGGGCCCAUGUGUCAUUCCCUCGGAGCAUUCUGCUUGAAACAUUUCAUAGUUGAGUAACCAGGAGGGCGAAGAGGGGAGAGAGUGGAGGUGUGGGGGGGCUCAGCUGCAGUUAGUGACUGUCUCUCAGAGUUGCUGCAUUCUUCUCGGCUCGGUGGCUCGUGAGCAUCCUCCCAACAGAGAGUCCCGUCAGGAACCCGUGCAUACGAGUCUGGAGAUGUGGUGUGGGACCGCUCCGCUGGCUGUGGUGCUGGCGGUGUUGUGGACGUACUGUGUCCUGGAUGCAGUGGAAGCCAAGAAGGAGAGGAGGAGGCCGAAAGAGACCCCGCCGCAACACACCGAGACCUACAACGUGACUCUGUCUAACAGUGAAGAAGAGUCCGGAAUCCUGAAGGUUUCCGACCAGCAGAGAGUGGAUCCACUGGGAUCAUGGAUGGACUUUGUCAAAAGACCUGUAGGCAACUUCCCGGCCAAGUGUCGCAAACGGAAAAGACCUCUGCCGGGUCCAGCUGGUCCCCCGGGUCCUCCAGGCCCACAAGGCCCACCCGGCUCACCUGGAGCUGAGGUGACCCAGGAAGUUCUUCUGCAGGAAUUCAAAGAGAUGAUCAAAGAGGCCACAGAGAGACGGACCGCGUCCCUCGAAAGACAAACCGCGUCCAGCCAGCCGGCCGUUCCUCUCCUCACGCUGCAGGAGAACUUGACCUCCUACCGGCGAAUCCAGGAAGCCUUCCACUGCAAGCUCAAAGGACCUGUGGUCGUCGACAAGAAGACUCUGAUGGAGCUCCAGAAUUUCCAAACACCCCCAGCUAAGGGAGCCUUCCUCAGAGGGUCCGGCAUGGAUCAGUCCACCGGGAGAUUCACUGCCCUCGUCUCAGGGAUCUACCAGUUCUCUGCCAACGUCCACAUUGAUCACAGCGAGGUGAAGAGAAGCAAGAGUCAACUCAAGGCCAGAGACAACAUUCGAGUUCUCAUCUGCAUUGAGUCGCUGUGCCACAGAUACACCUCGUUGGAGAUGAUUGUGGGCUUGGAGAGCAACAGCAGGACCUUCAGCGUGAGCGUUCAAGGACUCCUGGAGCUCCAGGCCGGCCAGUACACCUCCAUCUUCGUGGACAACGCCGCCAGCGCCGCCAUCACGAUCCAGAACGGCUCCGACUUUACGGGCAUGCUCCUGGGCGUGUAGCGUGACGCUGCGGCCGUUGUCGCCGCCACCUAAUGAACUGCUGCGCCGAGCGCGGCCAAGCGAGUCCGAGCUGAAGGGGGCGGAGCUUAAGCGAGUUUAUUUUGGACAAACUCUGAGCGGCAAAACGAGACAUGAUUGCCACGCUUGUACUCCACGUAGAACAUAGAAGCAUAUGUACAGUACGUAUGAUUCAUACCGUGUACAUUUCUUUACACAGCAUCACUUUAUAGCCACCGGUUGUCAUGGCAACAUGCUCCAAAGUCAUACAUAUACUGUACAUACAUAUCACUGUUCUAUCCUGCCUUGUAAAUGAUCAUAACUUGUUAGCACUGUAUUUUGUUGUGAUAUUUAUGUAUGAAUCUUGCAGUAUGUAUGCUAUUUGACCAAAUAAAAUGAUUUUUUUGUGACUUUUGUUAUAAAUUAUAACAUUCUUAACUCGCAUACAAGUGUAAAAAGAAGUUAACUGCUGCUAAUACUAAUUUAAUACAAAUAGUCUUUUCCAGGGUCAAACUGUAGCCAUCAUAAAAGAUUUAUUAAGUGUACAGGCAAUGUUUUAAGUCACAUUUCUGACAUUUUUUCCUGUCAUACAAGUGUAAAAAGAAGUUAAUCACUCUUGAUAAUAAUGUAAAUACAAAUAGUCAGUUCCAAGGUCAAGCUGUGGCCAUCAUAAAAGCUUUAUUAAGUGUACAGGCAAUUCUUAACUGUUAUACAAGAACAGGAAAUCAAAAAAUGUGUUUGAAAACUGUUCACUGAAACGAAAAAUAAAGUGAAACUAUUCAUACCGGCCUUAGGAAGACGCUGCAGAGCGAUACUGUCCCCUAGUGGCCUUUUACAGGUGGCGCUGGACUGAAGUGUUGCAUUGUGUAUUUUUGUUUUGUUUUAAUUGGUCUUGGUCCUGAAUAAAUUGUCUUCCAGCCAGACCCUUUCCCAUAUCGCAGAUCGUUCUAUUCCCUGUUCUAUGUUUAUCAUCACAUUUUACCAACUUUGGACACCCCUGCUUUCCAGGCUCACUGAGCUGAAGUCUCGUGGGAUUGGCUAAUGUCUGGCCUGAUGAUGUUUGACUUUUGGGGCACAUUUUCAAACCUCCAAAUUUGUUGAAAAUGGAGGAUUUUUCCUUGGUACGUCCAGUCUCCAUGGAGACAGCUGGAGGUGUUGGACGCGUGUGCUCAAUGCCGUCCGUCACCGGGCAGGUCGGUGAGGUGAAGGAAUGUGCUUAUUAAAGCCUCGUUAGCGCACGCACACACACACACACACACGCAUACAAACAAUGGCGCUGCUUGAUCUCUCAGCGUUUGCUGUAAUCGCAGUCACUCAGUCUGAUGCUGAUAAUGGCGACGAUGGGAAAUUCCUGUCAGCACUUUGGCAACCUCUGUCUUGGCAGGCUCCGUCAAAUGCGUUACAGCACGCACGCUGUCAUUAAACACUAUUUGGAAUAAAAACACACAAUUAAAACUCACAAGGCGUGUGUGUGUGUCUGUGUGUGUCAGUCUGCGCCUUCCUUGUUAUUUUUGGCGCGUCAUGAAGAGGAAUAAAAAUUGGUGUUUGAGCGGCCAUGAUGAUGCGUUUAUGUGAACACACAAUACGACAUACGAAACCUGUCAGGUCAUCAAGCUCUAACAGGGCACAGGCUUUUGGACUCGUGGUUUAGAAUGAGGCCUAUUAACUUCUUUUUACACUUGUAUGAAUUGUACUUGUACUUGUUAAAAAUUUAAAACAUUGCCUGUACACUUAAUACAGCUUUUAUGAUGGCCACAGUUUGACCCUUGAAAACCUAUUUUUUUUAACAAUCAUUAACAGUGGUUAACUUACUUUUACACUUGUAUGACAGCCAACAAGUGAUUUAAAACAUUGCCUGUACACUAAAAAAGCUUUUAUGAUGGCCACAGUUUGACCCUGGAACAGGCUAUUUCUAUUUCUGUUAUUAUUCAAGAUUCAAGAUUCAAGAUUCAAGAGAGUUUUAUUGUCAUGUGCAUGGUAAAACAGCAGUUAUACCAUGCAAUGAAAAUCUUAUUCUGUUCAUUCUCCCAAGAAAAGAAAGAAAACAAAUGAAAGAAUAAGAACAUAAGAAACAUAAACACAUAAACAUAUAUACCAAUAAAUUAAGCAACAACAACAGACGAGACAUUAAUACAAGUAAAUAAUACAAAUAAAUAAAUAAAUAAAGUGCUAUGAGUGUGUGCGUGUGUUGU